AUGGCAGCAAAGGCAAAGGCCAGGACUCUCAUUGUUCGUCUAAUUUCAACGGCGCAAACUGGUUUCUUCUACACCACCCAACGCCUGCGGCAGGGCCCAAAACUUUCAGCGGUCAAGUAUGACCCAGUGGUGAAACGGAGGGUGUUAUUCGUGGAGAGCAAAAAGACCAAGAAGUAA